AUGGCUUUCCACUGGUCAACGCCCUCACGGGCCAUCGCCGUGGCUCCUGUGCUGACACAAAGCAUUUCGAUGGCCGCAGCGGACAAUAAUUUCCCGCAGUACGUCAACAUCAGUAUCAUUUUCCCCCGUAACGAAACCUACGACUCGACGUCCGGUAUCUUAACGGUCAUUUUUUCGUUGACAAACAAGGCGAACGCAAUCAACCUGUACCCUGACAUGAGCGUGAACAUCUCCCGCAGCAGCGGCGAAGGGAACAACACACAAGUGCAGACAGAAUUGUUUCUCGACAACCCCCAGCAACUGUCUCCCAACUCGAUUGGCCAUGUCACCACCAGCGACGACAACGUUUACCUUUACACUGCUUUGCCGGCCAUGCUGGGGUACGAGGGCACCUUUCACGUGGACUACUCUAUCUCUCUCGCGGCAAUGGUGGCCAGCAAUGACACCCGCGGCUUUGUCUCGGCUGUCGACACGCCCGCGAGUUACGGAAGCUUUGGCUUUACGCUGAAAAGGGGUGCCGGGGCAUCGCUCGCCGACCUCGUCACCGGUACGGCCAACACGUCGUGUGCCAACGUGCCCUUUGCGUGGCCGGUCUCUGUCGUCGGUAUAGAGGACGAAGGCUGCAAAUUGCAUGUCAACAGUGUUCCGGGGGUCACGUGUGCGUAUCUAGACAGCACCACUCUCGGUAUCGUGGCCGACUACGACGAGGACAAGCCCUUUGUGAACAUGACCACAACCACCUUCGGUUGUGCGCCGACAAUGGAUGCCGCCGCCUCCACCACCGUGGUGUCUGGGAUCUGGAACGCGUCCUGUAUCCACUCGGGCAACAUCUCCUGCCCUGCAAAUAUCCCUGGAGCACCGCACAGCAACCUGGCAACCAUCUCCGCGCCGAGCUUGGCGGCAGCAAUGGCCGUCGUCUUGGGGGCUAUGGCGGGUGCGAUGCUCCAUUGA